AUGGUGACGAUAACUGCAGAAGAAGUUUCCGACAAAUUAGUGUCAGGAUGGAUUGCCCGUUUCGGUGUUCCUAGCAUCGUCACCACCGAUCAGGGGCGUCAAUUUGAGUCGGCGCUAUUUCGGCGACUCAUGGAUUUCUGCGGAGCGAAAAGAAUCCGCACCACCAGUUACCAUCCUUGCGCCAAUGGCAUGGUGGAACGCCUCCAUCAUCAGCUCAAGGCAGCUCUCAUGUGCCACGCUGUUACGUGGACGAGAGCGUUGCCUCUGGUGCUUCUCGGCAUGCGGACAGCUUUUAAGGAGGACAUCAAUGCUUCAUCAGCGGAACUCGUUUUCGGCGAGACCCUCCGCCUUCCUGGCGAGUUCAUUGUUGCUUCUCCUAAACUAAUCAGCCCCGCAGAGACAUCUGAUUUAAUAACGCAACUGAGACGUGCGAUGGUGUCGAUUCGGCUGGCUUCUGCAUCUCACCACGACAGGCCUUCGUCUUUUAUAUUUAAGGAUUUGGCGACGGCCACUUACGUAUUUCUUCGGGACGACAAGUCUCGAAGAUCGAUGCAACCGCCGUACUCCGGACCUAACCGCGUCCUCGAUAGAAGGGACAAGAUAAUUUCGCUUGACGUCGGCGGAAGAACAGUCACCGUCUGCAUCGAUCGUGUGAAACCUGCGCACAUCGAUGCUGAUGUCACCGAUGCCUUCCGACCCCCACCUGCAGUGCCACCGACUAGACAUCCCCUGGCUACAGUCCCGCCGCAGUUGCCGUCUUCAGUUCCUUCAGACAAACCAACCACCUCCUCGCCCGGCACUCCGUACACGACCCGAUCUAUGUCUUUUAAAACCGUACUGAAUCUUCGCAAGAAUAUGUUCAUCGACAAUACGAACAACCCUAAGUUGGAUGGAGUCAAGUGGAUCGAGCUGGUAUUUGGGAGCUUCUGCCCAGAGAUGUGA